AUGAACUCACCCGUGGACCCCGGCGCUAGGCAGGCGCUGAAGAAGAAGCCGCCGGAGCGGACCCCGGAGGAUUUAAACACUAUUUAUUCUUAUCUUCAUGGAAUGGAAAUAUUAUCAAACCUCAGAGAACAUCAGCUUAGAUUAAUGUCUGCAAGAGCACGCUAUGAGAGAUACAGUGGCAAUCAAAUUCUUUUUUGUUCAGAAACUAUUGCCAGAUGUUGGUACAUCUUGCUUUCUGGAUCUGUGCUUAUGAAAGACUCCAUGGUCUUGCCUCCUUGCAGUUUUGGUAAACAGUUUGGAGGAAAAAGAGGAUGUGAUUGUCUUGUAUUAGAGCCUUCAGAAAUGAUUGUGGUAGAGAAUUCCAAAGAUAAUGAAGAUAACAUACUCCAAAGAGAAAUUCCUGCCAGGCAGUCUCGACGGAGGUUUCGGAAAAUCAACUAUAAAGGAGAGCGCCAAACCAUUACUGAUGAUGUGGACAUUAACAGUUAUCUUUCUCUUCCAGCCGAUCUUACGAAGAUGCAUAUCACAGACAACCCUCAUCCACAGGUGACUCAUGUGUCUUCCAGUCAUUCUGGUUGUAGCAUCGCUAGUGACUCUGGGAGCAGCAGUUUAUCUGAUAUCUAUCAGGCGACGGAAAGUGAAGUAGGAGAUGUAGAUUUAACACGUCUUCCAGAAGGACCUGUUGAUUCUGAAGAUGAAGAGGAGGAAGAUGAAGAGAUUGAUCGAGCAGAUCCACUGCAGGGGCGAGAUCUUGUCCGAGAAUGUCUUGAAAAAGAACCUGCAGACAAAACUGAUGAUGACAUUGAACAAUUACUGGAGUUUAUGCACCAGCUCCCCGCUUUUGCAAACAUGACCAUGAGUGUAAGGAGAGAACUCUGCUCAGUGAUGAUUUUUGAAGUGGUAGAGCAGGCUGGAGCUAUUAUUCUUGAAGACGGACAAGAGCUUGACUCAUGGUAUGUUAUUUUAAAUGGCACUGUAGAAAUCAGCCAUUCAGAUGGAAAAGUUGAAAAUCUCUUUAUGGGAAAUAGUUUUGGAAUUACUCCCACUUUGGAUAAGCAGUACAUGCAUGGAGUUGUUAGGACUAAAGUAGAUGAUUGCCAGUUUGUCUGCAUAGCCCAGCAGGAUUAUUGGAGAAUUUUAAAUCAUGUGGAAAAAAAUACCCAUAAAGUUGAAGAAGAGGGAGAAAUUGUUAUGGUGCAUGAGCAUCGUGAACUAGAUCGGAGUGGAACCAGGAAAGGACACAUUGUAAUCAAGGCAACACCUGAACGUCUCAUCAUGCAUUUAAUAGAAGAGCAUUCCAUUGUGGACCCAACUUAUAUAGAAGAUUUUCUAUUAACUUAUAGGACGUUUCUUGAAAGUCCUUUGGAUGUUGGAAUUAAACUAUUGGAAUGGUUUAGAAUUGACAGCUUAAGAGAUAAGGUAACACGGAUUGUCUUAUUAUGGGUAAAUAAUCAUUUUAAUGAUUUUGAAGGUGAUCCUGCUAUGACUCGAUUUCUGGAGGAAUUUGAAAAAAAUCUGGAAGAUACGAAAAUGAAUGGUCAUCUGCGGUUACUGAAUAUUGCAUGUGCUGCAAAGGCUAAGUGGAGACAAGUUGUGCUACAAAAGGCCUCCCGGGAGUCCCCUCUGCAUUUCAGCCUUAAUGGAGGAAGUGAGAAGGGAUUUGGUAUUUUUGUCGAAGGAGUAGAACCCAGUAGCAAAGCUGCUGAUGCAGGACUGAAACGUGGUGAUCAGAUAAUGGAAGUAAAUGGACAAAACUUUGAGAAUAUUACAUUUGUGAAGGCCCUUGAAAUUUUGAGGAAUAAUACUCAUCUUGCACUUACUGUAAAGACCAAUAUUUUUGUGUUCAAAGAGUUACUUAGUAGGACUGAACAAGAGAAAUCUGGUGUUCCUCACAUUCCCAAAAUUGCUGAAAAAAAAAGCAAUCGCCAUUCAAUCCAGGAUGUACCAGGAGACAUUGAGCAGGCACCACAGGAGAAAGGAAAUAAGAAACUAAAAGCAAAUACUGUUUCAGGUGGAAGAAACAAAAUCAGGAAAAUUUUGGAUAAAACACGAUUUAGUAUCUUGCCUCCCAAACUAUUUAGUGACGGAGGUCUGAGCCAAUCACAAGACGACAGCAUUGUGGGAACGAGACACUGUAGACACAGUCUGGCCAUAAUGCCCAUUCCUGGAGCACUGUCAUCCAGCAGCCCGGAUCUCCUUCAGCCUACUACCAGCAUGUUGGAUUUUUCCAACCCUUCAGAUAUUCCUGAUCAAGUUAUAAGAGUUUUCAAAGCAGAUCAACAAAGUUGCUACAUUAUCAUCAGUAAAGACUCUACAGCUAAAGAAGUUGUUUGUCAGGCUGUUCAGGAAUUUGGUUUGACUGGUGCAUCCGACACAUAUUCUCUCUGUGAAGUUUCUGUUACUCCUGAGGGUGUCAUAAAACAGAGAAGACUUCCGGACCAGUUUUCCAAAUUAGCUGAUAGAAUUCAGCUCAACGGAAGGUAUUAUUUAAAAAAUAACAUGGAAACAGAGACCUUAUGUUCAGAUGAAGAUGCUCAAGAACUAGUUAAGGAAAGUCAACUAUCCAUGCUGCAGCUCAGUACCAUUGAGCUGGCCACUCAACUAUCAAUGAGGGACUUCGAUUUGUUUCGUAAUAUUGAGCCUACUGAAUACAUUGAUGACCUUUUUAAGUUAAAUUCCAAAACAGGAAAUACUCACUUAAAAGAGUUUGAGGACAUUGUAAACCAAGAGACAUUCUGGGUUGCCUCAGAAGUUUUAACCGAAUCGAAUCAGCUUAAACGAAUGAAGAUUAUUAAACAUUUUAUUAAAAUCGCACUUCAUUGUCGAGAAUGUAAGAACUUCAAUUCCAUGUUUGCAAUAAUAAGUGGCUUGAACCUGGCGUCUGUAGCACGACUCAAGGGUACUUGGGAAAAGUUACCAAGCAAGUAUGAGAAACACCUGCAAGAUCUGCAAGACCUUUUUGAUCCAUCUAGAAACAUGGCCAAGUAUAGAAAUAUUCUUAGUAGUCAAAGUAUGCAGCCUCCAAUUAUUCCACUCUUCCCCGUUGUCAAGAAAGAUAUGACAUUUCUACAUGAAGGAAAUGACUCCAAAGUAGAUGGUUUAGUAAAUUUUGAGAAGCUAAGAAUGAUUGCCAAGGAAAUCCGUCAAGUUGUUAGGAUGACUUCUGUGAACAUGGACCCAGCUAUGAUGUUCCGACAGAGGAAGAAGAGGUGGCGGAGUCUGGGGUCACUGAGUCAAGGCAGCACCAACUCAAACAUGCUAGAUGUUCAGGGCGGUGCUCACAAAAAAAGAGCACGCCGUAGCUCUCUGCUGAACGCUAAGAAGCUGUACGAGGACGCCCAGAUGGCGAGGAAGGUGAAACAGUAUCUUUCCAGUCUGGAUGUGGAGACAGAUGAGGAGAAGUUCCAAAUGAUGUCAUUGCAGUUGGAGCCUGCAUAUGGUACCUUGACCAAGAAUUUAACUGAAAAAAGAUCAGCCAAAUCAUCAGAAAUGUCUCCAGUGCCUAUGAGGUCAGCUGGCCAAACAGCCAAAGCCCAUCUGCAUCAGCCCCACAGAGUGAGCCAGGUUCUUCACGUGCCAGCUGUUAACUUGCACCCCACCAGGAAGAAGGGGCAAUCAAGAGAGCCUGUCACGUUGAGUACAAGUUCACCUCAGAAAGUCUUAGGAACAGCUGAAGAAGUGAGUGGUAAGAAACAUUCAGAAGACACUGUUUCCAUGACAUCGUCCGUACAUUCCAGUCCUCCUGGAUCUCCUCAAGGUUCCCCACGCAAAGGUUACACACACACACCAUCAGCUAAAUUGGACUUGUCUGACUCCAGCCAUAGUGAGAUUUCUUCACGGUCCAGCAUUGUGAGCAAUUGUUCUGUUGACUCCAUGUCUGCAGCUCUGCAGGACGAACGGAGUUCCUCCCAGGUGGCAGCAAUCCCUGAAUCCACGGGGCUGUUGGAAAGGACAGAGCACUCCUCAGGGACGGGAGACCAUCAUCAGCCUGGCCCCGGGUGGACACUCUCAAAGCCAUCUCCAAUUAAGAGUUUAGCUGUCUCAUCUUCUAUGAGCAAUGACGAGAUUUCUCAUGAGCACAUCGUUAUAGAAGCAGGCGAUAGUGGUCGUGGAAGCUGGACUUCCUGCUCAAGCAGUUCCCAUGACAACUUCCAGAGCCUUCCAAACCCAAAAGGCUGGGAUUUUUUUAACUCCUUUCGACAUACCCAUUUGGGAGGCCCCAUUGCUGAAGUUGAACCCACUGACUGUGAGCCCUGUUCCUGUCCUAAAGGCUACUCCAGAGCUUGUGUUCAUUGUAAAGGAAGCCUAGAGGCUAAUCAGAGGAGACAGAGUUGGGCCUCCUCCGGGUCUCUUUCUGACACGUACGAACCAAACUACGGCACAGUUAGGCGGAGAGUGUUGGAGAGCACCGCAGCUGAGUCAUCUGAAGGCUUGGACCCCAAGGAUGGUGCUGACCCAGUUUAUAAAACUAUUACUUCAAGUACAGAAAAGGGCUUGAUUGUGUACUGUGUCACCUCCCCCAAGAAGGAAGACAGAUAUAGGGAGCCGCCUCCCACUCCUCCGGGAUACAUGGGGAUCUCGUUAGCAGACCUAAAGGAGGGACCCCCCCUACACCUAAAGCCUCCAGAGUACAGUGUGGCCGUGCAGAGGUCAAAGAUGAUGCAGAACAGCCUGUCUAGACUGCCAUCGGCAUCUCUCAGUAGCAACCUCACGGCCUGUGUUCCAUCGAAGACUGUCCCUCAGCCUCAGAGGCAUAGCGUGCAGCCAUCCCAUCCUAAGCUAGCAGACGCGGCUGACGCAGACAGCGAAGCAGACGAAAAUGAACAGGUGUCAGCAGUCUAG